UGACCAGCUUCUAAAUACAUCUACCCAGAAAUUCUCUGGAAAAUAUACCCCAUCAUCCUAUAUUCAGAAAUACUCCAUUGAAUCAUUUUGUCAACUUCCACGCCUAAGAUUUUUGACACUAAAAAUUUAUAAACCCCAUUUACUAAAUCUUAUUUGACUAUUCAAGUAUUUCAAAACAAUUUUUUAUUGUUUGUACCGAUUUUAAUUCCAAAUGAUGAAGAAUAGAAGCAGUGCAAAAAUUUCCAUAAAAUGGAUUCCUAUUUUCUGUCUCUCUUUCUUCUUCAUUGGCAUGUUGUUUACUAACAGGUUGUGGGAAGCACCAAAAUCUGGGAGCAAAUUGAUUUUAAGUCAUAAACAGAAUGAAGAACUUAAAGUUAUUUGUGAAGAUUGUAAAACUAAAAAGGUAUCAAAAUUUAAACCUGGUAAAGAUAAAGAUGUAAUAGAUGAAGUAAAGAAAACCCAUGAAGUAAUCAAGUCAUUGGAUAAGUCAGUUUCAAUGCUUCAAAUGGAAUUGGCUGCUUCAAGAAGUUUUGAUAAACAUGUUCACCCUAAAGAAUCAACUGGAACCAUUACUCAAAAUGAACCAAAGAAAAAGGUUUUUGUGGUAAUUGGAAUUAACACCGCUUUUAGUAGUAGGAAACGCCGUGAUUCAGUGAGGGCGACAUGGAUGCCCCAAGGAGAAAAAUUGAAAAAGUUGGAACAAGAGAAGGGAGUUGUGAUUCGAUUUACGAUUGGUCACAGUGCCACAUCAAAUAGCAUUCUCGAUCGAGCUAUUGAUGCGGAGGAGGCUCAGCAUCAUGACUUUCUAAGGCUGGAGCAUAUUGAAGGAUAUCAUGAAUUAUCCGCAAAAACCAAGAUAUACUUUUCAACUGCUGUUGCAAAGUGGGAUGCUGAUUUUUAUGUCAAGGUGGAUGACGAUGUUCAUGUCAAUCUAGGUAUUUUGGCUUCAACUCUUGCUCAUUAUCGAUCAAAGCCAAGAGUAUACAUUGGGUGUAUGAAAUCUGGACCUGUUCUGGCUCAAAAAAAUGUUAAAUACCAUGAACCAGAAUUCUGGAAGUUUGGGGAAGAUGGAAACAAAUAUUUUCGCCAUGCUACUGGGCAGAUCUAUGCCAUCUCCAAGGAUUUAGCAACAUAUAUUUCUAUAAAUCAACCUAUACUUCACAAGUACGCAAACGAAGAUGUAUCCCUUGGUUCAUGGUUUAUUGGGCUUGAUGUGGAGCACGUCGAUGAACAUAGCAUGUGUUGUGGAACUCCUCCAGACUGUGAAUGGAAGGCACAGGCCGGUAAUUUGUGUGUGGCAUCAUUUGAUUGGAGCUGCAGCGGAAUUUGUCAGUCGGUAGAGAAGAUAAAAACUGUCCAUGAAAAAUGUGGUGAGGGCGAUGAUGGAAUAUGGGGUGUUUUGUUAUGAUUUAAUACCAACUUAUAUUCAAAUAAGUGUUUUGAGAUUUGGAUAGCAUAGCAUAGCAUGAGUUACGAGGGAUCAGGGAAGAGUUGGUUUACAAGCAUGGUGCUUGAGUGAGGGAUUUGUUGAGCAUAUGCCAUAUAUAGAGAAGAGAUUGGGGUGUGCUUUAGGAUACACUUUUUUGUUUCGGUGUUCCUCUUUUGAAACACCCCAUAUAGUAGAUAGGUGAAAUACUUGUGUUGUAACUUUGUAAUUGAAUUUAUUGAUGAAAUUUUCUAAUCUAAUUAAAUUUUAUUUUUUA